CAGCUCGGUCCGCACCACUGACCGUCGCAGCGCUCGGCCCGGUGGUUAACGUUAAUAUGGAACAUUUUCACCGAGCGAACUGCCAAAUGGAUUUGCACCGGCGGAAAAAAGCAGGUCUGUAGUAGCGCAAAUUAGAAAAGCAGUUGAUUUCAGCGUUCUUUAUGGCUUCUGGCUCGGGAGAUGAGGAGGGGAACAUGGAGGGCGGAUCAUGGAGGCUCAUAGGCCCGGCCGCGGAGCUCUCCAACAAGCGCUGCCGCCUCAUGUACUCCUCCCUCGGCUACGACUCUGAUGUGUGUCUCUUCUACGUCAAGGGGGAGUUUUUUGCCAUGGAUGCUCGCUGUGCACAUUCAGGCGGGCCUCUGUGUGAGGGGGACAUCGAGGAGGCUAAUGGAGUCCUGCAGGUCUUCUGUCCCUGGCAUGACUAUGACUUUAACCUCAGAACUGGGAAGUCGGGGUCCUCCUUACAGCAACAAGUGUAUGAAGUCAAGCUGGAAGAAGGCAACGUGUAUGUGAAACACCCCAACCGUCUCUCCUUGGAGCCUUUUCCUGCAAAUCAAAAGAGUUGAACAACUUCAGCACGACUGUCUCGUCCUCCAGCCCUUCGUGAGACCGCUGGAGAAGUCUAUUUUUAAGACUUGUUCCACAAACCCAAGCCAUCUGAAACAUUCCUAAGCCUUAUCUGUCAUUUUCACAGACUGCUUCUAGUCUGAUUGCCGUGAACUCAGGAUGAUAUCAAGAGGAUUGUCUGAACAGGAUAUGACUUCAUUAAAUUGUUUUAGAGUUUUUCUUGCUGCCAUUCCAGGUAGAGACUCAUCUUAGACACUGAACAUGGAGAGCUGCAAGCUCACUGCUGACCUCGACAACACACCAGACACUCGCAAAUAUGCAACUUUAUUAUCUACGCCGACCAUUUAAGUACAUCACUGAGAGCAACCAUGGAUGCAUUCUUCUGAAAGUCACCAGUUAACAUGGUCACUCUUCACACUGAACACCAGUACUGCUGAAGACAGUUCUAUUUUAUUUAAAUAAUUGAAAAGUUUUAUAAAAAGAAUUGUCUACAGAUUCAAGUGGGAAAAAAAUCUCUUAUUGUGAUAUACAUUCUGCCCAUUGGGUCCCAAAGAACAGUUCUGAAUGUCAGCCACAUCUGCAAUGAAUUUGAAAAGACACACUGGGUUUAUGAAAACAGAAGAAAUUAAUAUGAAUUACUUAUUUUAUUUUUUUUAUGUCCUGUAACAUCUGUGUUAAUUGAAUUUUGAGCAACUUGCACACAGUACAGAUGUAGUACAGAUGAGUGGAAAAUUAAGAUUAUCAUAAUUUUUUGACAAAACAUACUUUUGCCACACAAUCUAAAUAUCAGUUAUGGUAUGAUUGUAAUAUUGAGGGCCUAAUUGAUUGCCAGUUAUCUCUAUAAUUCAGGUCUUUUAUAAGUAUAAAGCUUCUACUCAUUUCAGUGGAAGAAUUUGUAGAUUAGUGAUAGCAGAAGCGUAAUGACAAUUUCUUUCAGCAAUUAUUAUCUAACUAAACAGUCAUUACUACCAAUAACCCUCCUCCAUGUCAGCGUGUCAAACUCACAGGCGAGUAGUCACACUUGCUGAGUUGCAGCCUUUGGAUAAAUUUAGACACUUAUUCCAGUGAUGUCCCCUUUAAGAAUUUGUAUUUCUGGACCGUUUUUUAACCCAAAUAGAGUUCCAGCGAAUAGAACACACAUGAAGGGCACUGCAAUUACGAUUGGUGGCCGUCCCAGCGUUUAGACGUCUCCAUCAGCAUUUCUCUCCGUUCCUGGCCUGGGCACAGACAGGUUUGUCUGUUACUGACGCAAUGGGACUCAAAAGAAACGGUUAGUAAGGCGCCGGAGAAGGUUCACGACCUGAAAUGCACCAUUGACUCAAGAAAAAUGUGUUUUUCUAGCUCUGUGUGUGCGUGCGCACGGAUGCGAGUGUGUUUCUUUUUUUUUUUUCUUCGUGGUGAGAGCAGUCACUCACUGUAGUUUCUGUCAGCUCCAUUUUCUGGCAGAGGCACAGAGCCCAGUCAUGAAGGUGUCAGUGACAGCGUGGCUCGACACUCAUUUUCCUCCCUGCUGUGCAACUUUAUUACAAUAAUAAUUCCACUGGCUCAAAAUGUCUGUUGUGUUCACCAGACGUUUUCUGUGUGCAUUAUAACUCAUCACCUGGAGGGGUGAUGUGCAUACACAAUGGAGAUGCAGCUAUUUUGUGUCAGUAGAAAAAUGAAAGCAAACAUUGUUUCUGCAGGUCAGGAGUGGGUUCUUACAUUUUUACCUGACAUCAGAUCCCAUGUGCCUCACUGGGAAAACCAGCAUUCAUGUCAGGCCUCUUGCUAUAGUUUGGUUAAAGUUUUUUUAUAUGCUCCUCUUGUUUUAAUGCAUAUUGUUUCGUCUUUGUUAUGUGAAUUAUUUAUCAGGCCUAUAUAUAUAUAAAAAAAAUGCAGACUGUAUACACUGUAGGCACAUUGUCCUGUAAUCUGCUGCUGUUUUGUUUGUUGGAAACUGUAUUUGUUGUUGUGAAUUAUGCAAAAAUAAACAUUUUAUCUGUA